CAACCCCCCUGCACCCACUUUAACUAUGAUAGGUGCAUGUCUAUGCAGAAUGGGAAAUAGCUUCGAUUAUGACUCAAGCUCAAGUCUAGAGAAGCUCCGAAAGGCUAAAGUAUGUUUCUGAUACAUCACACGCCCUCUGUCGUCAUAAUGAGACACUGCAGCUUACAAAUUUGAACGAAUGAUGGGUUGACAUGUUACAUAAUUACAUAUUAAGAUUCAAUAUCAAAGGUUAAUAAACCAAAUGAUUUACCUAUACCUCAAACAAGUUUUGCAUAUACUUGUAUACUUAUCAAAGAAUGAAUCACAAACUGACAACUUCUAAAUUCUAUUUAGAUAUAUUCAACGGAUAAUGCAUUACGUAACAACAUGUACACAGCCAUUUCAACCCAAUGGAUUGACAUUGCACUAAUAAAUGAAUUUUAUACUGGACACAUCAAAUUACCUUUAACAUUUUUACAUUUAAAUCGAACGAAUGAUGCAUUGCGUAGUUUAAAAAAUAGCAGUUACAAGGAUAGAAUUUUGACCGCAUUGGCUUUCUAUAAUGGCAAGGCAUACAUGUACCAUGAUUUUCUACUUUCUAUCUUGUUUAUGGCGUGACCCUUUGCGGCCACAAUAUGUGGUUAAAAAAAAAUCAUGUGAAUAAAGAUUGAAAAAAUAAUAAUUCUUAAAAAUCACAACGGGACCAAGGUGACUCGGGUGAACGAUGCAGCCCAUGAACCUCUCGUUUAUCUUCCUUUCAGAAAUAUAUUGAACAGUACUGCGGGACAGGUAUCUGCAGAAAAUGUAGCAGAAGAUGAAUUCAUUUCAUUACAGAGACAUGCAUGUUAUAUAGGUCUCUGUUCAUUGUGACAAAUUAGUCAACAGAGAGAAAUUAUUUAAAUUAGCAUAUUCGAAAAUGAACACAUUUACUGAUUUAUCUGACGAAGAUUUUUUUUUAAAUUUUGAAUUGCGAAGAUAUUGAAAUAAUGAACUCCUUAUAGGAAAAUUCCUCAGCUCCAUUUGUUUACUUGAACUUAACCAUAUGAAGUGAAGUGACUUCUUCCUUUUUGUCCAAUGUAAUUUUAGCCUGUUUCAAUUCAUGUUAACCCUGUCUUUUGGUUUUUCCUUCCUUAUAUAUGUAACAUCUCAUUAAAUGCCUAUUCAAUUGGGGUUCUGAUUUAGAAAUAAAUAUAUUCUAUUCUAUAAGCUAUAUGCACGUGUGCUGUUUUUCUAUUGGGGUUUAGAUAGCAGUGACUUUCUUAUUAUGUCUAUAAAUAAAUAUAAAUGUAUGUUAAGAAUCCCUAAGUAGUGAAAUUAUGACCAAACGCACGCAUGCGCACCGAACUCCACUGAAGUCCACAUCACAGGCGCUGUGGUUUAAGCCUACACUCCCGUUAUCCACUUCAUGUGCCAAACAAAAUUGACAAUAAUGCAUUUCAUGUUCAUUGAAUCUGGAUUUUUGUUAAUUCCAAAUGCCCUUUUCAAUGGAUCAAACAUAAAACAAGACAGAACGGUUCUUGAAGACUGAUGAAUAUUCUAUGCGAGAUAUGUGUGUAUACAGACUGACAAAAAUGAUCCUAUCGAACCAAUAGACCUAUUGCAUGCAGUUGGAAGUGAUUUCCGGUAGAUUUUGAUUUAAACUUCCUGCAGUUUUAACAAUAGUUCAGUUGAACAUGCUCCACAAAGAGACAGUCUCCAAACGUGCUGCAUAAUGGAAGGUGCUAGUAGAAAUCUGUGGACAGAUGAUCCACAUCUUUCGCAUCUCAUUGCUGAUAAUCUUCUGAAUGCUGUUGGUGACCCACAAAAUCAGCGACUGAGAAGACACAUUUUGGACGUUCUGGAUCGUCUGGACUCGGUUGGUAACCAGAUUGAAGUCAUAAGAUCUGGAAGUUGUGCAGAAGGUUUUCGUAUACAAGGAUCAGACGUUGACCAAAUGUAUGUCGAUAAAUUGACUAAAGUUGUAAGUGUUACUCCAGAAAAUCUGGGAAAAUAUCUUGCGGUGGUUAAAAUGGUAAACCCUCCAGGUAUUCCCCCAGGCUAUUUCAAACUUAUUGUUCUGACACCUUGUACUCCCCUUUCUCACAUUCGAGAUGCAACGAGGACGAUGUGUGGAGAGUACUAUCUAUCGAAUGAAGCAUUCUUACAAACCUUUCAACAAUCUUCGAAAGGUGGCGUUCGUCACGGACCCUGUGUAUUGGAGACGGACGAUCUAGGAACAGAUCACGAUAGGGCCUUUUGCUUAGAAUACAAAGAAUGGCCGAAAUGCGCAGACGAAUGGAUCAUCAGAAGAAGAGCACAUGGAUGGCCCUCUCAAGAACUAGUCAGCAGGAUAAAGAGCAAUGGAUGUCAUUUAAUGGCAAUAGGAUCAAAGCAACUUAAUGAGAACUAUACAGACUGUACUAUGUCUGAUGAAUCAGAGUGGAUACAAGACCCAUUGCAAUGGAGAUUAUCCUUUUCCGUCGCUGAGAAGACAUUGGUCUACGCCUUCAAUGACACUCAGUUUUUGACGUAUGGUAUAUUCAAACUUUUGAAUCAGGAGGUCUUCUCGAGAGAUCCUAUCCUGAAAAGCGGUCUUUGCUCUUAUUUCCUGAAAACUGCUUUGUAUUGGACAAUUGAAGAGACACCGUCCGAUUAUUGGACGCCCGAGCAUCUAGUGUUUUGUGUUGAUAUUUGCUUUCAAAGACUGAUUUCAUGGGUGGAAACUGGAUUCUGUCCAAACUAUUUCAUCAGAGAAAAUAAUAUGUUUUUAGGAAAAGUACAAGAAUGGCAGUUGGCAUAUAUAUCUUCUCGGCUCUCUGAAAUACACAAUGAAGGCUGGCGAUGCUUGCUUAAAUGUCAUUCUCUGUCUCAUCUUAAAAAGGCUUUGGAACGCGCUAGACAAGAGAUAACACCACAUUCUUUUCCAAUAUCGAAACCAGAGGAAGACUAUAAAAUCCUUGUGUCAUCUUACAGCAAACCUGUAAGUAGAACACGCAAAGAAGAUAUUCUCGAUUGUGGACUGUUUAGUGAAAUACUUGCACGACAACCAAAAAUGCCGUCGUUAGAUAUACUUGAAUUAGAACUCAAGAAUUCCCUGACAUUAGAGAUAAAGGAAAAUAUGGAUUCUUCAGAUAUGGACAUUAUAAGGUUACGUCGCUAUCACAAUCUGUCACAGCUUGCAUUGAUAUACCUGAAUAUUUCACUAACAAAAUGUACAACUCGGGACCGCUACAAAUACAUUAGGAAAGCAUUUUGCUACUUGAAUCACACCCGAUUUGCGGAUAUCAGCAAAGGGAAUCUUACACUAGCUGCUGCUCAUUAUUGUCUUGGAAGAUUUUCAGCAGCUCUAUCAUAUAUCAAAGAGUAUGAUGAACGUUUAGAAGCUGGUCUGGGAUACAUAUACUGCAGCAGUCGUCACGGUGUCCAAACGUUUGGGAAUUAUGAGGAAAAUAUGUGUGGACAAGGAUUUAGUUCCAUGGAAAAAGCAUCACUUGCAGUUUCGUAUGAUUUCGAAAUCUUUAGGAUGAUGCCUCUCGUACCUAUUGAAAUAGCCCUGGAAGUGGUCAUGAUGAAACACACAGAGUCUCGUGUUGUCAUCCCACCAAAAAUGUACUCUGUGUUUCUGAAAAUACUUUGCUAUUCAAACAUGAGCAAUCUGAAGGUGGUGGAGGAAUUGUCACUAACAUUGAGAGACUGUCUAGCGUUCUCUAACCGGAUCAACAGGCAUUUAAACUACAUCAUGCUUGCAGUUACAGCAACCAAGUUAGGCAAAUAUGAAGAUGCGUUACGAUAUUACUGUUUGGCCCACAAUUGCAAGCGGAUCCACAUCAUGAAGAAUUCCGGCUGCCCCGAGUGGUACUCCAGGACCUCCUGUUUAUUUUACAUUGCACAGUUGCUUAGAAUGUUGGUAUGAUACCAGUAACAAGACCGGAAUUAUCUACAGUGACAAAUAUUCUUUACGUAUUUAUAAGACGGGAAUUAUCUACAGUGACAGAUAUUCUUUACGUAUUUAUAAGACGGGAAUUAUCUACAGUGACAGAUAUUCUUUACGUAUUUAUAAGACGGGAACUAUCUACAGUGACAGAUAUUCUUUACGUAUUUAUAAGACGGGAAUUAUCUACAGUGACAGAUAUUCUUUACGUAUUUAUAAGACGGGAACUAUCUAUAGUGACAGAUAUUCUUUACGUAUUUAUAAGAUGGGAAUUAUCUACAGUGACAGAUAUUCUUUACGUAUUUAUAAGACGGGAAUUAUCUACAGUGACAGAUAUUCUUUACGUAUUUAUAAGACGGGAAUUAUCUACAGUGACAGAUAUUCUUUACGUAUUUAUAAGACGGGAACUAUCUACAGUGACAGAUAUUCUUUACGUAUUUAUAAGACGGAAACUAUCUACAGUGACAGAUAUUCUUUAUAAGACGGGAACUAUCUACAGUGACAGAUAUUCUUUACGUACUUAUCAGACGGGAACUAUCUACAGUGACAGAUAUUCUUUACGUAUUUAUAAGACGGGAACUAUCUACAGUGACAGAUAUUCUUUACGUAUUUAUAAGACGGGAACUAUCUACAGUGACAGAUAUUCUUUACGUAUUUAUAAGACGGGAAUUAUCUACAGUGACAGAUAUUCUUUACGUAUUUAUGGCUAUUGAUAUUUAUUAUGAGACCUAUAUUUAAUACAUAAAGUAACAUUUGCAUAUUUUGUAAACAAUCAGCACUAAAACUAGGCCUAGGAUUUAACAUUUAACCUGUAAAUAUUGUCAACAACGAAAAUCAGUAUUUACAUGUACUCGCUUUCAGACAAUUGAUGCUGAUUUUGUAAUAUUUACGAAGAUCGAUGAAACAAAGUAUUACUUGCAUUAGGUAAAUGUAGGAGAAAUACAUGAUUUCAAAAUGAUAAACUUCAUUUUGAUUUGACAAAGAAGAGAACAAUCAACUUUUACUUCUGGUAGCAUUGAUGCUGCAUGUAGUUUCAGUUGCGUUUACUAGCAUUGCCCCAGAUUAAUAGGAUAGGAUCAGGAUGGCUAGCAUUCAGUCAGCAGGCUUUGUUAGCAUUCAACAUCAGCAAGCAAACCAUUGUAAAAUAAGAUUAAUCAGUUGUUCUUUGUUUGUCGUCCUGUCAUAUUUUGUUACUCAUAUUGAGACAUCACCAGCUGCAGAUUAAGUACCAUAAAUGUAGACCCAUGCUUAGCGCUCAGGGCCAUAGCAAUGAGGGUUAUUUAACGUGCCAACGCCUGCCGCGACAAGGGACCCCUGUGUUAAGGUCAUAUCCGCUCUACCAUUGAGCUACCGCGACAUAAUGCUGUAACAGAAUUAUCUCUGUGCAUUGUAAAUGCAUCUGGUGGUCAUGGCAAUGUAUAUAGCUAUCGAGAACAACUUCAACUACUUGUAUCUGUAUCCAUAUGAUGAGGAAAAACUUCCUGUUUAUACAAUCUGAACAACAUGAAAAAUAUCUAGGAAUAGUAAGAGGAAGUUAGGUUUAUAUCUAUUGUCAGGAAACAUUGAUAAAAUCCGUAUCUAAAACUGGAUAUUUUUGUAACUGUUGAGUAGAUAUUGUAAAAAUAAUUGUAUUUCAAGGAAUUUUGAUUUAAAAAAUAAGGUUUAAUGUCAAGAGUGAUAGUUUUUAUUGAGUAAAAAUUAUUACAUUCAUUCUGGUCGCUAGCUAAUGAUGCACGACAUCGGGAAGAUAUUUAUGUGUAUGAUUUUAAAUUCUUGCUGUGUUGCAAAAUAAAAAGCAUUAAUUAUUAUUUUCUAAGA